CCUGUUUUCGAACCUUUUUCCAUCACUUCAACGCGACUGUUUCAACGCAAACAACUCCCCCCCAACGCAAUGCCCAACGGCACUAUUAGUGCUCCAAUUGAAAAGKUCAGUAUUGUGACAUUCAAAAAGUCAACCACCCCAUCCCUUGCACACCGUUUUCGACUCAGGUCCGAGAUCGAAAAUCAAAUCCUUGCAAGUGGRAAGCCGAGACAGAAAGAAGUGAGUAGUGACAAUCCAUCGUCUAUCGUUCCGUUCAUCCUCAGUUUGGUGAUACAUUGCUGUCGGUGGACAAACAGCAACUAUUUUAUCGUAUCGUAUCACACCGUACCGUACUUSGCAUUCGUCGCUUUCCCGUCCUUGAGAAUCGGCGGCGCGGAUUCGUGGCUCUUCUCUUUCUCGCCCGUCUCGAAAUUUAUUUAGUCGCGAGUGUCUGAAUCACAUGUGUGACAUGAUAAUUUUUCUAAAUCUUUAAACCGCCCGGCGCGCAAUCCAAACCGUUUCUUGAUUUUGAAAUACCCUCUAAUUGAGACAGUUGUUGGAUGAGGAACACCACUAAGAGAGACCUGCCUAAUAACAAACAUCGAUUCAUUCGAAACCGUUACGUCGGUUGACAAACUUUCAACAGUGCUCCUCGUCCUCUGGGAAGCCAGGURCUACUGCAUUCUAGCGUUGUGGGUCGAAACGCAAAUCGAACGACAUCCGUUUUAUCUCACCCCAAACUAUUCAUACCUUGCAACCUUGCAAUAAACUCAUCGUGGCCGUUUUGUUUUAGUAGAUCACUCCAUCAAACGGACCUGGUAUUCAUCGGAAUUGGAGAAGAAAAAACGGGUCAAAGAUGGAGAAGUGCAGUGGUUCAACUCCUCCUGCUAAAAGUGAUGCCGAGGUAGGUACUGCUGCUAGCAAAGCUGCCCCUCCUCAGGUAAUUACAGUCGAAACUUCUUCCAAUAAAUUACAUGGAGAAAAACCUUCUCUUGCUUUGGAAGGGACAACAACGACCGCCAGAACGCCAAAACACGCGAAUAAAACGACSAAUGGAGCACCAACCAGCGGACGUGUACCGCAGCAUGGUCAGGGAGGACCGCACGGAAAUAGUGGGUUUUAUCCUCCCUAUGAAGGCCGUCCUGUAGGUGGCAACGGGGCAUUUCAACCCCAUGACUCUAGAAGGCAACCCCCGCCACAUUCUCGCCCGAAUGAUCAAUAUUACAGUCAAAAUCCACCCAUUCAUGUGUCUCCUGGUGGAGCAGGAGGUAGCGCGGCAGCAUACGGGGACCGUAGAGGGCACAAUGGGGGCCCUUACUACAACAGACGGGGACCUGGUGGAUAUCCACCACAUGGCCCUCCUCCUGGAUACUAUGAUCAACGUGGUGGAUACAAUGAUUAUGGACCACCUCAGCACAUGUCAAUGCCGCCUUCGCACCCCCCUGGGCAACGCUACGAUGGACGCCAUUCGCAGCACAUACGAGGUCAGCACCAAUAUCCCCAGCAGCCCUACCCGACUCAAUCAUACAAUAACUAUCAAGCAGAUCCACGAAAUGGGCCUUCAUAUGGUGGUGGUCCACCACCGAACUAUCCUCCAGGAGUGAGCCAGUAUCCASCAGGCCGUGCUCCCGAUCAGCAUUACGCUCGGGAGAACCAUGGAUAUCCACCUGUAGAGCAUCACGCCGGAGUAAAUACUGGUGCAUUCAGUCGAUCUGUAUCUACAUCAUUCGAUCGUAGUGUGAAAGAAAAACCAAAUACAACAACGAAAAGGUCUGAACCACACCAACAAUCUGAAUGCAAGAAGUCUAGCGCCCCUGACGACAGAGAUCAGCGUGGAGAUGCAUAUAUGGCGUCCGAUGAUGUUUCAUGGAAACAAUUGAAUCAGGUUCAUAGUGUCGAUGAUUCUGCAAUCCAAGAACRCUUGGGACUGAAAAAGAGCGGAGCUGCAAAAACUAGCAAUCAGGAUGAAGAUGUUCCCUCCAAUUCCUCUUCGUUGACAAACUCUCCAACUGAUGGAUCUACAAGGCAAGCAAAUUUGGCCGAGUCCAUCGCCGCCGCUGCAGCUGCAGCCGUAGCGGCAACGAAGACGAAUGAUAUCCAAAAGACUUCCUCACUGGAUGAACUUUCUUCCGUCGCAUCGGCACAGGCACCUAUGCAUACGGAGGCCUCAAACAAGAAAAGAUCUWCAUCUGAUAUUGCAGACCCAACCAGCCCGGGCAUCGCAGAUUCCGAUUCAUUGGACUUGAUGAAAUGCUCAAGCGACGGCAGUGGCYUAUUGAAUCUUGUACCAUCCAAAGGUGGUGAAGGUUUAUUGUAUGAGGACAAACAYGGAGAGAUAGAAGAACGCGGUGAUAAAGGCGAGUCUGCAAAGGGAGGUGAGGAGCUUCGGAGAGCUCCACCUGACUUGGAAGAGAAACCCAGGAAGAAAGUCAAAAUUGAGUCGAAUGAUACGUCAAAAGUGGAAAAGUCACCUUUAUCAAUUACAUGCAGCCCGUCAGCAGCAAUGACCAAGAAAGGUUCCAUGACUCGGAAGGCACCAUCAUCACAAACUAGCACCAUCAACAAAGCGGAUUUUCAUGUCUCACCGAAUCUUGGCGAUAAUUCCCUAUACGACAAGCCUUCAGCUUACUCGUACUCUAUGGACUCGGCACCACCAAUUCCGAGAGGAAGCGGAAAGAACAAACACUCUGUUAACCCGACUUUACCUCCUCGACCAACAUCAUCGUCUUCAUCAUCCUUGACUCCCGGGCAAAUGCACAUUGACAACAAUGAUCCUGCGAACGCCGUGGUAUCGUCAAUUCCAUCAUGGGAGAUCAACGCGGUGGAUAGUUUUGGCGGCGGCAGCGUUGGUGGUGGGCAAGGUCUUUCCAAUAAUUUUAGUUUUCAAGACUACCCAAUGCUUCCUGCUAGUGAAAGCAAUCUUGGAAAUMCAGGAGCAGAUAAUCGAGGUACGAUGCAUAGCCAUCUUCCUAAUGCUCCUCAGCACCCAACGAUGAGCCCGGGACAGCCAUACGKGAAUAUGCAUAAUCACCGGAUGAAUCAUCACCAGCAAAACAAUCAUCCUGCAAUCGAAUCUAGAAACCAAUCAUUUGAGGGUGGGCAUUACCAUGGUGGUAGCGGUUUCCAUAGAACUGACAGUGUGGACGUCAACUAUGGCCGAGGACCUGGACCAGCCUACCACGAUAGUGGUUACAAACAUGGUCACCAAGGUGCUUUCCCACCUCAUGCUCCUUCCUGGGGUACUGUAGGAUCAACUCAAUCGCACCCUAGCUACCAACAACARCACCAGCCAUAUAUGGGCGGUCGCAUGGGUGAUUAUCCCCCUGUUAUGCGAAACUAUUCUCAAGAUAGUGGGCAUCGUGCUUCUCCACCACCAGGUCCUGGCGGGCCACACGGGCGUCAUUACAUGCACCGACCUCCUCAAAACUUUCAACCACCACCCGAAUUUGUGGCGCCCCACAAUCCUCAUUUGACUCGUCGACCUCCACCUGCKGUUUAUAUCAUGUCUUCUCAAGGUGUGAAUCAUCCUAAUUCUAAACGUGGCACCGGGGUUUUCAGCUGGAGCAAAGAAGACGAUACUCGUUUGACCGAGAUCAUGAAAAAAUAUAAGAAUCCACGUGACUGGGAACCGAUCGCAAAGGAGCAUGGAAUGGGGAAAACAGCAAAGGAUUGUCACGAGCGCUGGAUCAGGUACCUUAAACCUKGUGUACGUAAAGGACAAUGGACGGAUCAAGAAGACUCUAUUGUCAUUGAUGCAGUCCAAAAUUCGUCAGAACAGCCUUUCACACGAUGGUCUGAUCUUGCGCAGCGUUUACCUGGUCGAGUAGGGAAGCAAAUACGCGAUCGUUGGGUAAACCAUUUGAACCCUAACAUUAACCAUCUUCCCUUUAGCCGGGAAGACGAUUUGAAACUAUKGGAAGGUCACAAGAAACUAGGAAAGAGAUGGGUCGAAAUAUCUACCAAGUCAUUCAACUCGACAAGAUCAGAAAAUCAUAUUAAGAACCGUUGGUACAGUGCCUCGUUCAAGAAAUUUAUUGCAAAUGAGUUCGGGCCAGAUGCUUAUUCCGGUGGGAAGUCCAAGGGGAAGGACGACAAAUCAAAAACCAAAAUGAAGAAAAUCAACGAGGAUCCAGCAACAAAAGCCGUAGGGAGUUAGAGAUGACCAGAGAGAAAAUAUCGCUGAUUGGAAGUCUUCACUUUUUCUAUUUAUUAUCUAUAAUGUUGCUCAAUUCACAUAUUUAUCAUUUUUUACGGUUAACGCCCUUGAUGUGCAACUUCUGCCCAUAGACGGGAGCAAUUCGUAAUCUUGAUGAAUCUAAGCAAGCAUGUUAGCAYCUCUUACAAUU